CUGACAAACCCCAGGGACAUGGAGCGUAACAUUUUCUUCGCGGGGUUUGCCGUAUCGGUAGCGAGCCAAGAUCAACGACACUUUGUCACUUUUUGACAUAUAAAGGCACGUCUUGCGCCACUAGCGGAGGGUAUUGUUGGAUCAUCUCAUCAUCAAACACAAAGUACAACAAGACAACACCCAUCUACAAAGUUUGGCAACCUGCACCUCUACCAUCCACACCAAAAGUCCACACAAAGUCCACAAAAACAAAUCAUCAACAAUGGCCAACUUCCACCUCGCCGCCACCGCACCCAUCAACCCGCCGGGAGCCAAGCCCGUCCUCUCCCGGGAGCAGGUCUGGCGCGCGCUGCAGAUCAAGGUGCGGGAGCCGUCCCUCUUCGUGCCCGUCAUCACGUCGUGCGCCGUCGUGUCGGAGAAGGGCAACGUCGUGAACCGCGAGGUCCAGUUCAAGUCGGGACUCGGCCUCCCCGAGGGCAAGAUCAGCGAGGCCUGCACCAACUACGCCCCGGCCAAGGUGCACUUCAAGAUGGACACGGGCGACGAGGUCGAGAACAUUGUCGGCCAGGGACCCAGCGACGACGAGAACGACCUCUGGCUCACUUAUGCCUUUGACUGGGUCAUCAAGGAGGGCGCAGACACUUCUCAGCACGGAAAGAUGGCCAAGAAUGCAGUUGCCGGCACUAUUACCGUCAUGCGCAAGAUGGCUGCAGAUGGAAAGCUGUGAAUGAACCUUGUGCUACGUGGGGUGGCAUGUGUCAAAAUGGACAUUGGAAAUAGGAAAUAUUGCUCGGGGGAAGCAGGCCCGCCUUGAGCCUCAACCAAUUCACCUGUGGUUGGCAUGCUCUAAAAAAGUUACACCUGCCAUUCAUGCUUUGUGGUUACUCUAGGCAACUGAAUGGACUACCAACUUUAUGUCACCUUGGGGAGGUUGGGCGUUCCGGUCAGUUAGCAGCUGCACAUGUACCGCACGCUAACAUGUGCGGCAUUAUAAGGUUGGCGAGGCGAUUUGACCAAUUUCCGUCCAUUUUCUAGCUAUAAAAGUGGGAGGAUGGCCUCGUAUCUUCGGCUGGAAAUUUUGGGGCAUACCUUACCUGCCAUAUGAAUCUAAUGAGCUUCAAUUUUGUUCCAAAUUGACAACGUUAAUCACUUUCGUUUCUAUCCUUCCU